UCAUGUGGUUGUCAUUCUAGAUCAUGUGGUUGUCAUUCUAGAUCAUGUGGUUGUCAUUCUAGAUCAUCUGGUUGUCAUUCUAGAUCAUCUGGUUGUCAUUCUAGAUCAUCUGAUUGUCAUUCUAGAUCAUGUGGUUGUGAUUCUAGAUCAUCUGGUUGUCAUUCUAGAUCAUCUGGUUGUCAUUCUAGAUCAUCGGAUUGUCAUUCUAGAUCAUCUGAUUGUCAUUUGCUGGUUAGGGUUGGGGUUAGGGUUAGGGCCCACCCGCCAACAAAUGUCUGUCUACGCUGCUGGUUUGGGUGAGAUCGUUUUGGACUAGACUGAGCAUCAAACUGGAAGGACUGGGCUUGUUUUAAGGGCUAGGUAACCAGUGUGUGUAAGCUGAUUAUCAGUAGUCAGGCUAAUUUGAGCGUUAAGCCUGAUGGGCCAUAUGCUGAUUGACCCAGCACCCUGAGUCUCCUCCCCCUCAGCCAGACACUCACCUGUUUCUCCCCAGUUACCAUCACAGCUGUUUCAGAUCAUCUAUUAUCUCUCUCUCCCUCCCUCUCUCCGUCUCUCUGGGGGUGGAGGGGUGUUGUUGACUUCUGAGUUGGCAUGACGAUCUGACACCCUGCUGUCCAGAGCCUUCUGUCCGUUUCCACAGUGACCUGAUCCCAUUCCGCUAUUCUGUUCUCCGAGUUCCGGACCUGUGGAACACCGAGUGGAUUACCGCUGUACACACACGGAGUGAGUUCAGAGAGAGGAGAGAUCUGGGAACGCAGUGAGGAUGCCGGUGCAGCAGAUCUCCGUGGUCCCCGCUCGGGAGAUGGCCAAUAACGGCCGGAGCGCCCCUCGCUCCAAAGACAAAACCGAGAGUAUUAAAGGUCCAGGUCGGUCAGGCAGUCGAUCCAGCAACAUCUUGAAGGCCAGCAGUUCUACAACAGGAUUGGCUCCUGGCAGUGUUUCCAGGACAACUCCCUCCUCUCAGGACAUCUGCAGGCCGGUGCCACUGGGUCGUGUAGAGGAAGGUUGUGACACAGCAGUGAUGAAGCUGAGCGGCGCGGCAUUAGGCUCCUCUCAGACCGCGUUAGGCUCCUCCCAGCAGGGCCAAACCAGGAAGAAGAAGAAACCAAACAGGAAGAGAGACUCCUGCUCCGCCCCCGAUGCCCCAGCGACCGCACAAGAUGACCCGGUCCAACACAGUGACGACCGCAGUGACCGCAGCUCUGACCGCAUCGGAGAGAGGGGGGAGAGGAGGAGGGAGAGGAGAGGGGAGAGGAGGAGGAGGGAGAGGAGAGGGGAACACCCCCGCCAUCGUAGCGCCGCCCCUCCUGAAUCUGAUUCGUCGUCUGACGGGGAGGCGGGGAGGGAGGCCAGAAGCUGGAGCAGGGAGAAAGCCAAGAGGGGCCGACGCCGCAGUGGGAGUAGCAGGGAGAGGGGAGGGGGAGAGGGGAUGGAGCUGCAGUCUGUAGGGUCUGAUGAGGGGAAGGAGAACCAAGAGAAAGAGGUUCCACUGGAGAACGGUUCCGGAGUGAAGAACCGGCGAUCAGGAGGAGGAGGGGAGGAGAGCAGGCGGAGCUCCCAGCGCAGGGAGGAGGCGGGGUCUAAGUUCCGUAGCCCCGGCGGUAGCUCAUCAUUGGCUGAGGAUGGAGAGAGGGAGGAACAGAUCACUAAGAAUUACCAGGAGACCGGGUCAGUGGGUGGAGACAUGUCCGCGCCGUCGCCACGGAGAUAUGGGGGCUGCAACGCCCCUGAAGGCUGCUCCGAUGACGAGCCAGAGGUCUGCAGGAUCUGCCACUGUGAAGGAGAUGAGGAGUGUGUGUUGAUAACCCCGUGCCGCUGUACAGGCAGCAUGAGGUUUGUUCACCAGGACUGUCUCAACCAGUGGAUCAAGUCAUCAGACACACACUGCUGUGAGCUGUGCCAAUACAACUUCAUCAUGGAGACUCACCUUAAACCUCUACGUAAGUGGGAGAAGCUCCAGAUGUCGACCAAUGAGAGGAGGAAGAUCUUAUGCUCCCUAAUGUUCCACCUGGUGGCCAUUGGUUGUGUUCUCUGGUCCGUAUACGUCCUCGUCAACAGAACCCUCCACGAGAUCAACCUGGGACGCAACACCGACGACAUGUGGAGAAUAUCAGUGAUGAAGUACUACACUGCUGAGGGUGUGUUGGAGUGGCCGUUCUGGAUGAAGCUAGUCAUCGUGGCGAUAGGCAUGUCAGGCGGACUGGUGUUCAUGUACGUCCAGUGUAAAGUGUACUGGUUGCUAUGGAGACGACUCAAAGCCUUCAAUCGCAUCAUCACUGUGCAGAACUGCCCCGAGAAGCCGCCGCCCACCAACGCCGUGCUGGCCAAUGGGAAUCACCCUGAGGCCGUGGAAGUCCCAAUAGGCCCCGCCCCCGAGGUUAUCCAGAUGGACUCUGACCUCUCGGAGGAAAACCCCGUCUGACACACACACACACACACUCACACAACACACACACACAGCUCUUGGUAAUGCACCCUCCCUAUAGCCUAUCAGAGCCCAGCACACCAAAGAGUCAUAAUGUGACGUAGCCAAUAAGAGCGUCUGUUAUAGAAGCAGCUGUAGAUUAGCCAAUCAGAGCGUCUGUUAUAGAAGCAGCUGUAGAUUAGCCAAUCAGAGCAUCUGUUAUACUCUCUCAGUAUUCAAUAUAAACAGCCUGAGGAGUAGCUGAUGCGUAGAACCAAGUGUUCAAGGGCUGGAACAAAACCCUGCACACCUUGCAACUCUCCAGGAGGAGGGUUAGAGUCAUAGAGCAUAUUUAUUUAUGCUAGUGUUUACUCUCUCUCUGCUGGACAGGAUAGAACUGUGGUAUUAAAGGUCCCGGUCUGUCACUAUGACGACUAGAAGUCUAUCUGAAGAGCUGUCUGUCUGUCACUAUGACGUCUAGAAGUCUAUCUGAAGAGCUGUCUGUCUGUCACUAUGACGUCUAGAAGUCUAUCUGAAGAGCUGUCUGUCUGUCACUAUGACGUCUAGACUAGAAGUCUAUCUGAAGAGCUGUCUGUCUGUCACUAUGACGUCUAGAAGUCUAUCUGAAGAGCUGUCUGUCUGUUACUAUGACGUCUAGAAGUCUAUCUGAAGAGCUGUCUGUCUGUCACUAUGACGUCUAGAAGUCUAUCUGAAGAGCUGUCUGUCUGUCUGCCUGUCACUAUGAUGUCUAUCUGAAGAGCUGUCUGUCUGUCUGUCUGUCACUAUGACGUCUAGAAGUCUAUCUGAAGAGCUGUCUGUCUGUCACUAUGACGUCUAGAAGUCUAUCUGAAGAGCUGUCUGUCUGUCACUAUGACGUCUAGAAGUCUAUCUGAAGAGCUGUCUGUCUGUUACUAUGACGUCUAGAAGUCUAUCUGAAGAGCUGUCUGUCUGUCACUAUGACGUCUAGAAGUCUAUCUGAAGAGCUGUCUGUCUGUCACUAUGACGUCUAGAAGUCUAUCUGAAGAGCUGUCUGUCACUAUGACGUCUAGAAGUCUAUCUGAAGAGCUGUCUGUCUGUUACUAUGACGUCUAGAAGUCUAUCUGAAGAGCUGUCUGUCUGUCACUAUGACGUCUAGAAGUCUAUCUGAAGAGCUGUCUGUCUGUCACUAUGACGUCUAGAAGUCUAUCUGAAGAGCUGUCUGUCUGUCACUAUGACGUCUAGACUAGAAGUCUAUCUGAAGAGCUGUCUGUCUGUCACUAUGACGUCUAGAAGUCUAUCUGAAGAGCUGUCUGUCUGUCACUAUGACGUCUAGACUAGAAGUCUAUCUGAAGAGCUGUCUGUCUGUCACUAUGACGUCUAGAAGUCUAUCUGAAGAGCUGUCUGUCUGUCACUAUGACGUCUAGAAGUCUAUCUGAAGAGCUGUCUGUCACUAUGAUGUCUACAAGUCUAUCUGAAGAGGUCUCUGUCUGCCUGCCUGUUUGUCUGCCUGCCUGCCUGUCUCUAGAAGUCACCAUUACAACCAAAAAUAACCUAUUCUAUACUGAACUAAAAUAUAAACACAACGUGUAAAGUGUUGGUCCCAUGUUUCAGGAGCUGAACUACAAUAUAAACACAACGUGUAAAGUGUUGGUCCCAUGUUUCAGGAGCUGAACUACAAUAUAAACACAACGUGUAAAGUGUUGGUCCCAUGUUUCAGGAGCUGAACUACAAUAUAAACACAACGUGUAAAGUGUUGGUCCCAUGUUUCAGGAGCUGAACUACAAUAUAAACACAACGUGUAAAGUGUUGGUCCCAUGUUUCAGGAGCUGAACUACAAUAUAAACACAACGUGUAAAGUGUUGGUCCCAUGUUUCAGGAGCUGAACUAAAAUAUCCCAGAAAUGUUCCACACGCACAAAAAACGUGUUUCUCUCAAAUGUUGUGCACUAAUGUGUUUACAUCCCUGUUGGUGAGCAUUUCUCUUUUGCCAAGAUAAUCCAUCCACCUGACAGGUGUAGCAUAUCAAUAAGCUGAUUAAACAGCGUGAUUAUUACACAAGUGCA